UGUAUGGUAUCUGAGUGAAAGGAGGGGCUCUGAGCCUGGACGCCAUUUUUGAGAGCUCGAGAGAGAGCGGACGAACCCUACUCAAUUAAUCAGUGAGCAUCACCUUUUUCAUCCCUUUCCAAUUCAAAUCUUCUUCUAUCCCCGACCCCAAGCAAAAUCAAAAGCAAGGAUUCCGUUACACCAUGAGCAGGAAGCGUCUUGCCGGGUCGGACCCCAGUCCCGACUCCAAUGACUCGGCGUUAUGGAAUAAGCGAAUAGUUGCGGGGUCCACUUUUGACAUUCAGAGAGCAGAACCAUCUCAGCAUACAUUGCCAGUAGCACCGAAGUUGGAUGCCCAGCGAGCUGAGUCAUCUAGACAGCAUGUUAGAGCUCUCAACACCCAGUUUGCCAGUUGGGUGCAGACACAGUUGAAGAAUCACCCUGAUGAACUUUGGGAAGAUGGUGUUCGGGACUAUCUUAGCCAUGCUUCAAGCAUAUUGGAGAAAUUCAGUGAUGUUGUCAAUUGGCUCAAAGCAAACACCUCAAAAGGGGAGAUUUUGUCCGCUGCCGGACCUCAUAUUGGUGAAAAGAAGUUGGUGUUGGAAAAUAAUAAGGAUGCUGUUUCAAAUUCUUCUCAGAAUACGCUGAGUUCUGUUCCACCUGGUACUAGUUCAGGAUUUUCAGCAACGUGGACCUUUGGAACUUGGAACAACAGUAAAAAAUCGGUGCCUGAAAGUAAGGAUAAUGCUUCAACUUUAUCUCAGAAUAAGGUGAAUUCUACUCCAUCUGGUACAACUCCGAGCUUUGGAGCUUUAUUGAACUCUGGAGUAUCCAACAAUAGUCAACCCACGGUGGGAUCCUUUAACCCUGAAAAGAAGGAGAGCAAAAGCAGUGAUGCAAAAUCUUCUCAGGAGAAACCUGUCAUUCCUACAUUCAGUAUUUCCACAAGUAUAAACUUUUCCAGUCCGUGGAGUUCAGGGAUGUUCUCCGGAAGCCAGACCCCCGUCUUUUCUGGUUCAGGAAUUCAGACUUCAGCCCCUGCAAACCCAGAUGCUUCUGAGGAUGGAGAUGAAGAAGCGGAACAGCCUAGCAGCCCGUCCGUGAAGAAAUCAGAAGAAAAGGGAACUACUGUUGUCCAUGAAGUCAAGUGUAAAAUUUUUGUGAAGUCCAGUGAUCCCGCCGAUAAGGAUCCAUGGAAGGAUAAGGGGACUGGCCAGCUCUCUAUCAAAUUGAAAGAAGGUGCCAUCAAGGGCUCUAAGGAAUCUAAACCAACGAUUCUCGUCCGGAAUGAUGUUGGAAAGGUGUUGCUCAAUGCUUUGCUGUACCAGGGCAUCAAGACGAUCUUGCAGAAAAAUUCUAUUGUCGCCAUAUUCCACACUGCGGAUGAUACCAACGAGCAGGUUGUGGCACGGACGUUCUUAAUUAGGACGAAAUCAGCUGAGGACCGGGAUAAGUUAGCGGCAGCAAUUCAAGAGUACGCCCCAAGUUAGUGAAGAUAGCUGCGAACAUCCGAGUCUACAAUUUUCCUUUUUUCCUUUUUCUCUUUUUUGAAAUCUGAGGCUCCGAGCUUCAACAAUGUAAUGAUGCCGUCCCUCAUUAUGAGUAUCAAUCAUCCUAGCCCCUUGAAUUUUGCAAGAUGUUUUGACCUUUAUAAACUGUACCAACUUCUUAUCCCCGCUCCCCCAGUAGCAUGAAUUAUCAAUUAUUCUUCGCCGA